GAAGUUUCCAAAUUCUUGUAGAAACCAAAGAUCCAUAUCCCCCUAAAAGUCCUUUUGGUUUUAUCAAACUUGUAGAAGACCUUGAAGUGACAAAAAAUAUAGUGUCAACCCAUUAUUCAUUUAGGUCAGACUAAAAUCAUAUGUCAAGCCUAGCAUCAGAUCAUAAGUGAAGGUGGUUGUUUCAUUUGGGCUUAUAACCUACAUACAUAUACUCAAUAUAUAAGACUUGUUUGGAAAUCAAUGAAAUUGAGAUGCUCCCAUUGUUUUUGAAAAAAUAAUGUCACCUCUUCGUAAUGUGAUCAACAUGCGCACGUGCAAGUGACAAACUGCUGGAGCCUGGAAUUCAUUAUAUUAACCAUUAAUCAAGCUGUCUCUCCUUCAAGAGCACUAUAGAACAAGUUGACUAGUGUUUGGAACUCAAGUUAUUGGAAACCACUAUACUAUGUUUUCUAAGCUGACACCAUUCUCCAAUGAUGUUGGAAACCAUUGGGACCCUUUUGCAACGGUGCUCCAAAACUAUGACUUUUGGCCUUCACGCUGCUGUGUUGAAGAUAGGGUUGCAAUCCCAUGUUUUUGUCUCAAACCAACUCCUCAACAUGUAUGUUAAAUGUGGCCGCGUCGUUCUUGCACGCAAGGUGUUUGAUGGAAUGUCUGAACGGAACACCGUGUCCUGGUCUGCCAUGAUAUCUGGCUAUGAUCAAUGUGGGGAACAUUGGAUGGCACUGCACCUCUUUUCUCAAAUGAAGGUCCUGCCAAACGAGUUUGUCUUUGCCAGCACCCUCAGUGCAUGUGCGAGCCUCAGGGCCCUGGUGCAGGGGCAACAGAUUCAUGGUCUCUCUCUAAGAUCUGGGUAUGCAUCUAUCUCCUUUGUUUCCAACUCCCUUAUUACCAUGUAUAUGAAAUGCGGUCAGUGUAGUGAUGCUUUGUCAGUAUAUGCCAAUUCAGUAGGUACGAAUUCUGUUUCCUAUAAUGCUCUGAUCAGUGGGUUUGUAGAGAACCAUGAACCUGAGAAAGGGUUUGAAGUGUUCAAGCUCAUGCUCCAAGAGGGUUUUGUUCCUGAUCGUUUUAGUUUUGUGGGCUUGUUGGGGUUUUCCACUAACUUAGAUGAUUUCAGGACAGGAAUGUCAUUGCAUUGCCAAGCUGUUAAACUUGCACUGGACUGCACCCCUCUUAUUGGAAAUGUGAUAAUGUCAAUGUAUGCACAGUUUAAUUUCAUAGAAGAAGUGGUGAGGGUCUUCAGAUUGAUCCAAGACAAAGAUGUCAUUUCCUGGAACACUCUAAUUAAUGCCUUUUCACAUUUUGAUGAUCAAGGAAAAAGUUUUCUAUUUUUCAAAGAGAUGAUGAAUGAGUGUAGUAUAAGGCCAGAUGACUUCACUUUUGCUAGCAUCCUCGCUUCAUGCACUUGGCAUGCUUCUUUUCUCCAUGGAAAGCAAAUUCAUGCUUUUCUAUUUAGAACAAGACAAUAUUGGGACGUAGGAGUUCAUAAUGCUCUAGUUAACAUGUAUGCUAAAUGCGGUUCAAUUGGAUAUGCGCAUAAGGUGUUCAGUAAAAUGUCCUAUCGUAAUCUUAUCUCGUGGAACACUAUGAUUGCAGCCUUUGGAAAUCACGGCCUAGGUGAGAGAGCAAUAGAGAUUUUUGAGCAGAUGAAAGCAGAAGGGGUAAAACCAGAUUCAGUUACAUUUACUGGCUUAUUAAUUGCUUGUAACCAUUCAGGAAUGGUGAGAAAGGGUGAAUUGUAUUUUAAUUCUAUGGAAGAAGCUUAUGGGAUUGCUCCCAACAUAGAACAUUUCUCAUGUCUUAUUGAUAUGCUUGGAAGAGCUGGAAGAUUAUCAGAGGUAGAAGAAUACAUAAAUAAAUUUCAUCAUUUGAACGAUCCUGUUGUUUUAGGGAGCCUUCUUUCAGCAUGUAGGGUGCAUGGGAAUAUGGCCAUAGGGGAAAGAUUGGCUAAGCUGCUUCUUGAAGUUCCACCUGUUACUACUUCACCUUAUGUCUUGUUAUCAAAUUUGUAUGCUUCUGAUGGCAUGUGGAAUGAAGUUACAAGUGCAAGAAAAAUGUUGAAGGGUAGUGGAUUAAGGAAAGAGCCAGGCUAUGCCUGGUUGAAGUGAAAUGAGGAAUCAUGAAAAUUCACAACAGGAGAUUUUCUCAUGAAGGAUUGAAAAGAUUUAAAACAUACUUGGAACCUUGAACUAGCUUUGUUAAUACAAUUUUAUCUGAUGAUAUAGCAUAGCCUUUGGUUAUUCCAGAUUGCAAGAAUAACAAUAUACAAUCAUGCAAAAAAGUUUUACACAAUAAUUCAAUUAGAAUUUUACCGUCUUGUCACGU